AUGGUGGCAACAGAGACAACUCGUCCCCUCAUCGUCGGCCCCGAGUCGGGCCCGGAGGCUCCUUACCCGUACAAGAUGGAAGGCAAGGUUAUCUCUGGCUUCGGUCGGGGGUCCAAGGAGCUCGGCAUCCCAACCGCAAACCUCCCCGUAGACGCCUCCCUCACCCCCUGGAUCGACACCAUAAAAUCAGGCGUCUACUUCGGCUGGGCCUCCCUCUCCCUGCCCGCCUCGCACCCGGACCGCGUCGCCGCCCCCGGCACGUCCUCCACCGCCGGCGCCGGCCCCGCGCAGCCGCACGUCGACUUCCAGCUCUACCCCAUGGUCAUGUCCAUCGGCUACAACCCCUUUUACAAGAACACGGUCCGCUCCGCCGAGGUCCACGUCCUGCACAAGUUCUCCGCCGACUUCUACGACGCCCACAUGCGCCUGCUGAUCCUGGGCUUCGUCCGCGACGAGCUCGACUACAAGAGCCUCGAGGCGCUGGUCGCGGACAUCAACACCGACUGCGAGGUGGCCAGGACCUCGCUCGCCAGGGACGCGUGGCACCCGCCCAAGGCGCUGCGGCCCAAGGGCACCGUGGACGGGACGCUCGAUGCCAAGUGGCUGGUUGAGGAGCUGCCCAAGGCUUAG